AUGGCAUCUGUAUCCCAGAACCCAUCUCAGAAUGGCAAGUCAGUUGUUUCCGGCACAGGAACAUACCGUGAUGGUCUCGUCGCACCCUCAAAAGACACUCGAUACAAGACAGAAGAUGUCACAGAUACAAAAGGACGCGAAUUCGAGGAUUUUUUUUUGAAGCGAGAACUAUUGAUGGGCAUUUUUGAAAAAGGAUUUGAGAGACCAAGUCCCAUCCAAGAAGAGGCAAUCCCAAUUAUUUUGCAAGAUAGGAACGUGCUUGCACGAGCGAAGAAUGGAACUGGAAAAACUGCAGCUUACAUUAUUCCGUGUUUAGAAAAGACAAAUCCAGAGCAGAAGACCAUCCAAGUGAUAAUCCUCAUUCCAACACGAGAACUUGCUCUCCAAACAUCGGCAAUCGUGAAGGAAAUGGGGAAACACAUGGGCAUCCAAUGUAUGGUGACGACCGGUGGAACAUCUCUCAAGGACGAUAUCAUGCGUCUCUACAAUACAGUCCACAUUAUCGUGGCUACUCCGGGUCGAAUUCUUGAUCUGUCCUCAAAAAAAGUUGCCGACUUGAGUGAAGUAAAAACAAUAAUCAUGGAUGAGGCCGACAAGCUUCUAUCACCUGAAUUCCAACCUGUUUUGGAACAAAUCAUUAAUAAUUGCAAUGAACAGCACCAAAUCUGUCUUUUCAGUGCCACUUUUCCGGUGACAGUCAGGGGCUUUUGCAAAAAGUUUGUCCCCAAUCCAUACAGCAUCAACCUAAUGGACGAACUCACGCUACGAGGCAUCACCCAAUUUUAUGCCUACGUCGAAGAGAGACAAAAGGUCCACUGUCUCAACACGCUCUUCUCGAAAUUAGAGAUCAACCAAAGUAUCAUCUUUUGCAAUUCUGUCAACCGUGUCGAACUGCUGGCGAAGAAGAUUACCGAGCUUGGCUAUUCCUGCUACUACAUCCAUGCCAAAAUGCAGCAAGCAAACCGGAAUCGUGUGUUCCAUGAAUUCCGAAAUGGAGCCACAAGACACCUUGUAACAUCUGAUCUAUUCACAAGAGGUAUAGAUAUUCAAUCCGUAAACGUUGUCAUUAACUUUGACUUUCCCAAAAACAGUGAAACCUACCUUCAUAGAAUCGGGCGAUCUGGACGAUUUGGCCACUUGGGUCUUGCCGUCAACUUGAUUACCUACGACGACCGCCAUUCUUUACGACGUGUGGAACAGGAGUUGGGAACUGAAAUUCGCCCAAUUCCUCCAGUUAUCGACCGGAGCUUAUACGUCGGCUAA